GAAAAUAUUAACGAUGAAUAUAUUACUGAAUAUGAAAUCGAAGAAGUUAUUACAGCAGGUCAAUCUUUACCAGUUCAACAAAAUAAAAGAAGAGUUGAAACUCAAGAAAGUCAUGAAAGUAAAAAAUAUAAAUUAGAAUCUAAAGAAAAAAUUGUUAAUACGAUAGAUAAUAUUGAAUUAACUAGAGAAAGUCAAGUCAAUAUUAUUAAAAACGCUAUUUCGAUUUCUGGCAAAU